AUGGUCAAGGCUGUCGCUGUCAUCCGUGGAGACUCCAACGUCAAGGGCACUGUCACCUUUGAGCAGUCUGACGAGAACUCCCCCACCACCGUCUCAUGGAACAUCUCUGGCCACGACCCCAACGCCGAGCGUGGCAUCCACGUUCACCAGUUCGGUGACAACACCAACGGCUGCACCUCUGCCGGCCCUCACUUCAACCCUCACGGAAAGAGCCACGGUGCUCCCACCGACGAAGACCGCCACGUUGGUGACCUGGGCAACUUCAAGACUGAUGCCCAGGGCAACGCUGUCGGUUCGACCCAGGACAAGCUCAUUAAGCUGAUCGGGGCCGAGAGCGUUCUCGGACGCACCAUCGUCGUCCACGCCGGCACUGACGACCUCGGCAAGGGUGGCAACGAGGAGUCCAAGAAGACUGGUAACGCUGGCCCCCGCCCAGCCUGUGGCGUCAUUGGCAUUGCUGCUUAA